GGUAGAGACACGUAGAGGUCCUGUGUCUCGUAUGGGACUGGUAGAGAUGGACAGAGGUCCUGUCUCUCGUAUUGUACUGGGAUGCUGGGUUGUGAUUGCCUGUUGCUGUCUGGCAUUUUCGGCCCAGGCGCUGCAAGCAGAGAACGUGACCGUGACGGAGGGCGGCCGGGCGGAGAUCAAUUGCAAGCUGCAGAGCUAUGACGGGUCCAUCGUGGUCAUCCAGAACCCCUACAGACAGACGCUAUUCUUCAACGGGACCCGAGCCCUGAAGGACGAGCGUUUCCAGAUGGUUCAGUUCACUCCGAGGCUGGUGAAGAUCGUUCUGUCUGAUGUCAGGGUGGAGGAUGAGGGGGGGUACUUCUGCCAGCUCUACACCGAUGCCACCCUCCACCAGGUGGCGACGCUCACAGUGCUUGUGCCCCCUGCAGAGCCUCAAGUGGAAGUGAAGGAGCAGGUGGUGGAGGGAGGGGUGAUGGAGCUGACCUGCAUUGCUCCCAGAAGCAAACCCCCGGCCACACUGCGCUGGUACAGAGACCGCCGGGAGAUACCAGGAGUGACCAGCCAGCAGGACAAUGACAAGACGGUCAGCGUGUCCAACACCAUCCGCCUGGCGGUCAGCAAGAGGGACAACGGGGCCCUCGUGACGUGCGAGGCGACCCAUCCUGCCCUGCGCAGCCAGAGGAAGAUCACACAGCACGCCCUCGACGUGCACUACGCCCCGACAGUGGAGAUUCAGCACCCCCCCGGAGUGAUGAGAGAAGGGGACAGCCUGUCGCUGGACUGUAUCAUCUCUGCAAACCCAAUGCCCCACACGGUGCUGUGGUCCCGGCUCAACGACUCUCUCCCAGAGAGGACAGAGAUCCAGGGGACCCUGCUCAGCAUCCCCCGGCUCAGCGCGCUGGACAAUGGGACCUACGUGUGCGAGGGACGCAACAAGUACGGGCGCACAGCUGAUGAGUACACACUGGUGGUGUACGACAUCCAUCCUGUCAUUGAAUUCAAAGACCCGGGUGCGAUUGUGGAGGCACAGAGAUACCUUCCCUACUCCAUCAUUGGAGGCAUUCUGGCCGUGCUGGUGUUCGGAGUGAUCACUGUGCUCAUUGUAACCGUCUGGUGCUCUGUCAAUCAAAAAGGUUCAUACCUGACCCACGAGGCGAGUGGAUUGGAUGAGCACGGAGAGGUGCAGGAGGCUUUCCUGAACGGGAGCGAGACCCGGGAGGGGAAGAAGGAAUAUUUACUGUAAACCUAAAGAAAACAAACAAACCACAACUCAGGCAGCAGGGACGAACCAGACAGAGACAGGGGGACGAGAGACAGUCAAAGGAUCCCUUGGAAAUAAUUCAAACCUAGUGCUAGUACAUUAUAAACCCCAUAUAUAUAACUUUUUUUCUUCUGUGAGUAGCGUACACUGUACAUACAGAGACUUGUAGUAGAAAGUUUUCCAUUAGUGUGACUUAUUUGGAACUAUAAAACAGAGAUUCUGUUUAGUGUUGAACCUGCUGUGUGCUGGCACUGCUGAAUCUGUCUGCUUCUGACGAGUGCAGCGCUGGUCUUCCAAGGGCUGUUACACUGAAGAGUCAGCACAGCUUUAUUCAAAUAGACUCACUGGAGGGAGAGAGGGUGGUGCAAAACAAAAUUAAUAUUACAACCCCCUGCCUGCCAUACAAGUAUUGACUUGAAUUUUUUCUUUUUAAAGAAAAAUAAAUUGUCAAGAGCGCCCUCUAUAGAUCCUUGCUUCCUGGCCAAUCUGGCUCUGCCCCCUCCCCCUGUUGACAGUGUUAUGGCAGGUGUUUCUAACAUUUUGAUCUGAUUCUGCUCUGUGUUGUGAGACCCCAGGGGGUGCCCCGUCCUUCAGAUAAGACGUCAAACAAGCGAGGUCCUAUUGGAAGAGACUCUGCAGCAGCUGUUGUUAAUGAUGCAGAGUUCACCCCCCUAGUCUCUAAGUCGCUUUGGAUAAAAGCGUCUGCUAUAUGACUCUAAUUCAUAUUUGUAAGUGGAGAGCAGGUCUGGUGACAAGCCCCGUCUCAACAGAUCUGUUCUUGCAUCUCACACAAACAAGAGCGUGCCCCUGUGAAAGUGCGAUCCUCCCUGUGUUUUAAACAGCUAAUAUAGGAGAGAGAGAGAGAGAGAAAGAAUUACAAAGGGAAACUAUUGUGCUAAUAUUGACUGUUAGCUUCGUGUUAACACUGGGGAAACGCUGCAUCAGAAUACAUGUCGCUGUUAUCGAUAUUACUGUUAUUAUUAUCACUGUUAUGGAUGUGUUUUUAUUGCUAUGCUUUUUGUAUAGUUAAUUUUUUAUCUUGUAUGUUUCUUUUCAUGGGGUGUGAAAAAAAAAAGCUAAUAUAUAUAGUGAACCUUUUUAAAACCUAAAUAUGAUUUACUGCUAAAUGAAAAUAAUAAUAAUAUAUAUACACUGUGUACUUCUGAAAAAGUAGCUGACUGAAUCCACCUCAUCCUUCUGCUUUGUCCCUCCUCCCCUCUCCCCUAUGAUUCAGAACUAUAACAAAUAAACUAUUUUGAUUUUG